UCAAACACCACAAUUAGAUUUCACAUUUCUUCUUCUCAAACUCUCUCUCUCUCUCUCUCUCUAAAUUCUCUCCAUCAUUUGUACAGAAAAACCAGAAACCAUGACAAGCUCCUCCGCCAACGCUCGGAAGGCUUUGAGUAAGAUUGCGUGCAAUCGCCUCCAGAAAGAGCUUCUGGAGUGGCAGGUUAACCCUCCGGCGGGUUUCAAACACAAAGUCACCGAUAAUCUUCAAAGGUGGGUUAUUGAAGUUAUUGGAGCUCCAGGAACUCUUUAUGCGAAUGAGACUUACCAGCUUCAAGUAGAUUUUCCAGAGCAUUAUCCAAUGGAGGCCCCGCAGGUUAUUUUUCUGCACCCGGCUCCCUUGCAUCCUCAUAUUUAUAGCAAUGGUCAUAUUUGUUUAGAUAUUCUGUAUGAUUCAUGGUCACCAGCCAUGACUGUAAGUUCAAUCUGUAUUAGCAUUCUCUCCAUGCUGUCAAGCUCGACUGUUAAGCAACGCCCUGAAGAUAAUGACCGCUAUGUAAAGAACUGUAGAAACGGCAGAUCUCCUAAAGAGACGAGGUGGUGGUUCCAUGAUGAUAAAGUAUGAUGAACAUGGCAUUUGUUCAACAAGUUAGAGUAGUUGACUUUCCUUUUUUUAAGGAACGUGAACAAAACCAAAGAGAAAAUAUCAAUAUGAAAUGCCGGGGUUAUGUCCCUUAUUCUCAAUAACUUGUGUAUAUUGGCAAUGCCUGGUACUUGUAAAGGAAGAGAAACAAGAGCUUGUGUAAACCCUUUUUAAGGGAGAGGUACUUGCCAUAUAAGCUCAUGAAUUAAAGCCUUAAUCCUUCUGUGUUCA